AUGGUAGUUUUAGUGGCCUUGCUGCUGGCUCUGUUUCCUCACAUGGCACAGGAGGCCCACACCAUUAAAUGCAGGGUUCAGUAUCUACACCACCCACUUCACAAGUAUCAUCAGCCAGGAGAUUUCAUCAUUGGUGGCAUAGCAUCUCAUGGUGCCUUUAUUUUCAGUUCAGCAACUUUAACUGAAGAACCCCCACCUGCAUUGUCUGAAGAGCUUGUCGUGGUGCCUAAGGGUUACCAGCACAUCCUGGCCUUGGCAUUUGCAGUCAAGGAGAUCAAUGAAGACCCUCACAUCUUACCAAAUGUCACCUUGGGCUUCCACAUCUAUGACAGCUAUGCCCAUGCAAUUAAGACAUAUCAUGCCACAAUGCUACUUUUAUCUACACUGGAGAAAUUUCUCCCCAACUAUAUAUGUGAUACACAGAGUAAUCUGACAGCUGUCAUUGGGGGUCUCGACUCCCAGGUCUCCCUUCAUGUGGCAACUAUCUUGGAUAUUUAUAAGAUUCCACAGCGGGAUUGGAAUGCAGAACUAUUCAGUGGUGGCAUAUCAUUCAGAAUUCAUUCCAAUGAUCUACCAGGAUUUCAUCAAUACGUUGAGGGCAGAAACCCUUUCAAUGUAAAAGGUGACGAUUUCAUCUGGGAUUUCUGGCAACAUGCCUUUGGUUGUGUAUUCCCACAUGGUAUUCUGGAUGAUGGGAUGGGGGAUAUCUGCACAGGAAUGGAGAAUUUAGAGAACCUUCCUGCAUCUCUCUUUGAAAUGACUGUGCAAGGUCUAAGCUACAGCAUCUACAAUGCUGUCCAUUCUGUUGCCCAUGCAUUGCAUGCCAUGUUCUUACAAAGACUCAGAUACCCAGGAAUGGUGGAUGGAAGGAGAGGGAAGCUUCAGAAGCAGCAGUUUUGGCAGCUCCAUCAUUUUCUGAGAGGUGUCUCAUUUAACAACAGUGCUGGAGACACAGUGUCCUUCAAUCAGAACAAGGAGGUAAUAUCUAGUCUGGAUGUUAUCAACUGGGUGAUCUCCUCCAACCAGUCCUUUCAUAGGGUAAAAGUUGGAAGGAUGGAUCCCGAGGCUCCUCCAGACCAAGCCUUCAGCCUUCAUGAAGAUGCCAUAACAUGGCACAAAUGGUUUAAUCAGGUUCGGCCUCUUUCUCUCUGUACUGAGAAAUGUCACACAGGAUCAAGGAAGAAAGUGAAGGAAGGAGAACCAUUUUGCUGCUAUGAUUGCAUCCCAUGCCCAGAGGGAAAGAUUUCAAACCAGGAAGAUAUGAGUGACUGUGAUGAAUGCUCAGUCAAAGACUAUCCAAGCAAGAACCAAGAUGCAUGUAUUCCCAAGGAUAUAAGUUUCUUAUCUCAUGAAGAACCUUUGGGUAUCAGUUUAGUCUGCUUUUCGCUUUCAUUUUCUCUGAUCACAGCUCUGGUGCUGGGUACAUUUAUGAAACACAAUGACACUCCCAUAGUCAUUGCAAACAACAGGAACCUCACCUACACUCUCCUCAUUUCUCUACUGCUCUGCUUCCUUUGUGCACUGCUCUUCCUGGGCCAACCUGAGAAGGUGACCUGUCUCCUGCGACAAACCGCUUUUGGCAUCAUCUUCUCAGUGGCUGUUUCUUGUGUAUUGGCAAAAACCAUCACUGUGGUUCUGGCUUUCAUGGCCACCAAACCUGGAUCCAGGAUGAGGAGAUGGGUGGGGAAGGGAUUGGCCAACACCAUUGUCCUUUCCUGCUCCUUUGUCCAGGCUGGGAUCUGUACUGUGUGGCUGGCAACCUUUCCCCCAUUUCCUGAUACAGACAGUUUCUCAGUGGCUAAAGAAAUUAUACUAGAAUGCAAUGAGGGGUCUGUGAUGAUGUUUUACGUUGUUCUGAGCUAUAUGGGCUUCCUGGCAAUUAUUAGUUUCAUUGUCGCUUUCCUUGCCAGGAAAUUACCUGACAGCUUCAAUGAAGCCAAGUUCAUCAGUUUCAGCAUGCUGGUCUUUUGCAGUGUUUGGCUCUCCUUUAUUCCCUCCUACCUGAGCACCAAGGGAAAAUACAUGGUUGCUGUGGAGAUCUUCUCCAUCUUAGCCUCUGGUGCUGGACUGCUGGGUUGCAUCUUCUCCCCAAAAUGUUAUAUUAUUGUGUUCAGGCCUCAGCUGAACAACAGGGAGCAGCUAAUAAGGAAGAAAAACUAA